AUGGAGGCAAACGAGUACCGAUAUCGAGGCAAUGCGGGAGAAAAAGUACCAAAUUGGGUUCACAAGCUGACUUUCGAUCCAGGUAUUCAGGUUUUGCCUAGUGAAUUGUGCAACGAGUGUAUUUUUUUGGAAGAAGUGGCGCUGCCUGAAGGAUUAAUCAAAAUUGGUCGUAGGGCUUUUGAAUAUUGCACAAGUUUGUCGGAAAUCAAGAUUCGUGGCACCGUAGAAUCUGUUUGGGAAGAAGCGUUUACGGAUUGCUCAGCCAUGACAAAAGUUGAGUUUGAAGAAUCAUGUUCAUCAUCUUCGCCGCCCCAUGGGCUAAAGACAAUUUUCAAGGAAGCUUUCCAACGUUGCCGCUCGCUACAAAGAAUCAAGAUCCCCUCGUCUGUGAACUUGAUUGGUGACUCUUGUUUUCAAUCCUGCGACAAUUUGAUAGAAGCAACUCUAUCAACAACUUCCAUCAAGGAGAUUCCUCGCCUGGGGUUCGCCCAUUGUCGCUCACUACAGACUGUGAGUCUACCAAGCUCAUUGGAGCGUGUUUGCGAUUAUGGAUUCUACAAAUGUCCUUCCUUGGUGACAGUAGUAAUAGUGCCUUUGGAUGAUUCAAAGCCUAUCGAAAUUGGGUUCCAAUCUUUCGAAUCCUGUGAAGCUCUUGCAAACUUUGUGCUUCCAACAGGGUCCAAUGCCGACAAUACAUCGUUCGAUGGAUGUGCACGACUGCAAAGUCGCUUCGGAGAAAGGGCAAAGAAAAUUGUCGCCGGUUUGAUAAGCCGGUUUGACAGCCAACCUGUUCACAAAAUGUUGUACGAUUGGUCGUCCGUUUCUCCCAAAAAGCUGGGUCAUUGUAUUGAGACAGCAAAGAGCGAGGAAUCACCGCUUGUGGACCGGUUUGGAAUGACCCCAUUCCACAUCUUCUUUUCGACUAACGAACCAGAUGAAGAAGUGCUUGAAGUCCUCCUCGACAAGUAUCCAUACCAUGUUGUGAACUACAAAGACUCAAAUGGGAAACGACCAUUGGACUACCUGGUCUCCAAUUGGACUGAAGAUACUGAAUCUUUGCUUGCUGAAUCAACAGCAACUUUGCUUCAAAAAACAAUGCAAAGAUGGAUGAUUGAUCCACUCGUUCGCUGGGGAACUGCUUCCUGGGUGGAGGACAUGCAAAGCAAGGUAGAAGGUAUACUUGCUGAAUACGACAAUGAACAAAGAGAAGUAUUGUACAAUGGAGCGUAUUCUGUAUUUUUACAUUAUGUAGAUAUGACAGUCCCAUCGAUCCUGGAGAUGGCCUUGUGGAAGGCGAAGCUCAACGGUGGACGGAACACUGAUAUUAUUAUGCUACAGUCGCUAGACCGAGAAGAGUGCCGUUGUGUUUGUGGAUCGGAUGUUGUAAUUCCAAGUGUAGCAAUAUUCUUGGGAAUCAUUCCAUAG